AUGGCCGACUCCGCCGUUGCAGAGCCUCCUCAGGCCGCAGAGUCUACUCCGAUCUCCAACCCGGACGAAACGACCACCGCACAAGACGAAACUACUCUCGAUACCACACAACAGAAUGAGACGGGCGAAACGGCCCUCGUCACCCAACAAACAGAGGUGUCCGCCGAGACGGACGCCAGCGCGCCGAAGAAGAAGAAAAUCAUUCGUCGCAAGAAGCGCCCAGCCCGGCCACAGGUCGAUCCCGCCACAAUCAAAUCCGAGAAGCCCCAGCAGACGGGCACGGUAUUCAACAUCUGGUACAACAAAUGGUCGGGCGGCGACCGCGAAGACAAAUAUCUGAGCAAGACCCACGCGCAGGGCCGGUGCAAUGUCGCAAAGGAUAGCGGAUACACGCGCGCCGACCGGGUCACGGGCUCUUACUUCUGUCUGUUCUUCGCCCGCGGUAUCUGUCCGCGUGGACAUGAGUGCGAAUAUCUCCACCGGCUACCCACGAUCCAUGACGUCUUCAGCCCUAACGUAGAUUGCUUUGGCCGAGAAAAGUUCUCCGACUACCGCGACGACAUGGGCGGAGUCGGCUCCUUCCUGCGCCAAAACUCGACCCUCUACGUCGGCCGCAUCCACGUGACAGACGACAUCGAGGAGGUCGUCGCGCGCCACUUCGCGGAAUGGGGCGAGAUCGAGCGGAUCCGUGUGCUGACGGCGCGCGGCGUCGCGUUCGUGACAUACUCGAACCUAGCGAAUGCCGAGUUCGCCAAGGAAGCCAUGGCGCACCAGAGUUUGGACCACAACGAGAUUCUCAACGUUCGCUGGGCGACGGUUGAUCCGAACCCGCUGGCGCAGAAGCGCGAGGCGCGACGGCUGGAAGAGCGGGCCGCCGAGGCCGUGCGGAGGGCGUUGCCGGCGGAGUUUGUGGCCGAGCUGGAGGGGCGGGACCCCGAGGCUCGCAAGAAGAAGAAAAUCGAGGGCAGUUUCGGGCUGCAGGGGUACGAUGUGCCCGAUGAGGUGUGGUACACGCGGACGAAGCAGUUGGAGGAUUCUGAGAAAGCCGGACAGGCACAGCUUGACGCUCCGGGCCAGCGUCUUAUGAUUGAACCUGCGUCGUCAUCGACAGCGACGGCGCCUGCAGAACCCGAGAGUGGUGGUAUCUUUUCUAGUUCUACUGUUGCGGCGCUUAGAGGACUGGCGGGUGGGAACGUCACGACGCAAGCUGCGCCCAAACCUGCAGGAGGUCCUUUAGUGGGCUACGGAAGUGAUGACGAGAGUGAUUAG